AUGGCACUAGGUUGGAUUUGGGCCUAAACAGGCUUUGGUGGGACAUCCACAUCCUUGUCCGCGGCGAAACAAAAUUUCCCACAGCGAGCGAGGUUCCCCUCCCGACUCGGUGAUGGCGGCGCCGGCGGCGGACGAGGCAUGGUGCCGGAAGACGGUGCCACGGGUGAUGGAACUGGUGUGUCGGCGCCUUCCGCAGCGGGACGCAUGCGCGCUGCUUGCUGUCAGUCCCUGGUGCUACCGUGCCCUCGUUGCUAACUCCAGGCUCUGGGAGGUACUUGAUCUACGUGAGAUGAAGAAUGCUGGAAACCGACUUAUUUCAGCACUUUCACUGAGUGGCAUCUCACUGGAAAAUUUGGAAUUCCUGAACCUAAAUGCAUGUCAGAAGAUCUCUGAUAAAGGAAUUGAAGCUGUUACCAGUCUUUGUCCUAAUCUUCAGCGCCUUGCUAUCUAUUGGAUUGUAGGACUGACAGACUCAAGUAUUGGGCACAUUACAAAGAACUGCAAGCAUCUAGUGCACCUUAACUUGAGCGGUUGUAAGAAUAUCAAGGAUAAAGGAAUGCAGUUGAUUGCUAAUAAUUACCAAGGACUAAAGAGAUUGAACAUAACCAGGUGUGUUAAGUUGACAGAUGAUGGGCUUAACCAAGUUCUUCUGAAGUGUUCUUCACUUGAAAGCCUAAACCUUUAUGCCCUUUCAAGUUUUACUGACAGUGUUUAUAGGGAGAUAGGAUCAUUAAGUAAUCUUACAUUUCUAGACCUAUGUGGUGCUCAGAAUCUAACGGACGAUGGCCUUGCAUGCAUAUCAAGAUGUGGACGUCUAACAUACCUCAAUUUGAGUUGGUGUGUACGUGUUACUGACACUGGCAUUGUAGCUAUUGCGCUAGGUUGUCGAGCCCUCGAACUGUUAAGUUUGUUUGGAAUAGUUGGGGUGACCGAUGCAUGCCUUGAGGCUUUGUCAAAAUCUUGCUCGUCCAGCCUCACAACACUCGACGUAAAUGGCUGCAUAGGUAUUAAGAGGAGGAGCCGGGAUGACCUGCUGAAGCUCUUCCCAUCACUGAGUUGCUUCAAAGUGCACAGCUAGCAGGCACGGUGGUUCUCGAUGGCUUUGUAUUCUACAUCUAGGAAGGGGAAGGGAGAUGUUGAGGUGUGUCUUGACGUCAUGUUCUUGUGUUAGUAUAUACUUUCUUUGUUUCAGAUUUUCUAUGUUCGUUGAUUUUGCUAUGUAUGGAGACAUUGUGUAUAUCUAAGUUCGUAUCAAGAGAAGUUCUACAGCAGCUAACCGUCCUGAGUUUGCAAUCUCUGGUAUCUUGAAAUCUCCAAAGCUUGUUCUUUCAACAGAGGCUUUAUUCUCUGUAACUUGCAGAUAUUAUCCUGAGGCUUUAGUAGGCUGACCAAUCUACAGAAGUUUGAAUCACAAUUAGGGCUGGACAAAAUGCUCGUGGCUCGUCGGCUCGCUCGGCUCGUGGUCUAUUCGGCUCGGAUUAAUUCGUUUGAAUUUUUUCAUGAGCUAAGUUAACAUCCUAACUCGGUUCGUUAACGAGCUAGUUCGAUUUGUUAACUAGCUCGUGAGUUAAACGAGCUACCACAUUUUAGCAAAACGAAACUAUAUGAAUAUCAUUUAAGUUAUUGAUAAAUAUGUUAUAUGUAUGUGUGGUGUCUAUGGUCUAUGAGUUAAAUUAAUAAUUGAUGAA